CCGGCGGCGCGGCGCUCCCGGGCGGUCUGGGGCUCGGCGCGGAGCGGCGGGGACGCGGGGCCGGCCGCGCGCCGGGCCAGGACUGAGCGGAGGCUCCGCGAGCCGCCCUCGCCGCGCUCGGCCGGGCCCGCGCCCGGAGCCGGCGGGGCCCCGCGCGGCGGCCCCGGAGCAGGCCGGCGGCCCGGAGGAUGCUGCGGGCCCGCGGCCGCGAGGAAGGCGCGGGCGCGGGCCUGUAGGCGCGCGGUGAGCCGGAGGCCCGGCCGGCCCGCAGCCGCCGCGGGCGCGGCGUCCCCCAGCGCAGGCGCGAGCGGCCCGCCCGGCCCCCCGCGCGCGGCCCGCCAUGUCCUCCGCCAGGUUCGACUCCUCGGACCGCUCGGCCUGGUACAUGGGGCCCGUGUCUCGCCAGGAGGCGCAGACGCGGCUCCAGGGCCAGCGCCACGGCGUGUUCCUCGUCCGCGACUCGUCCACCUGCCCGGGGGACUACGUGCUGUCCGUGUCCGAGAACUCGCGGGUGUCCCACUACAUCAUCAACUCGCUGCCCAACCGCCGCUUCAAGAUCGGGGACCAGGAGUUCGAGCACCUGCCGGCGCUGCUGGAGUUCUACAAGAUCCACUACCUGGACACCACCACGCUCAUCGAGCCGGCGCCCAGGUACCCCAGCCCGCCGGUGGGCUCCGUGUCCGCACCCAGCCUGCCCACCGCGGAGGAGAGCCCGGAGUACGUGCGGACUCUGUACGACUUCCCUGGGAACGACGCCGAGGACCUGCCCUUCAAGAAGGGCGAGAUCCUGGUGAUCGUCGAGAAGCCGGAGGAGCAGUGGUGGAGCGCCCGGAACAAGGACGGCCGGGUGGGCAUGAUCCCCGUGCCCUACGUGGAGAAGCUCGUGCGGGCCUCGGCCCAGGGCAAGCCCGGGAACAGGAAUUCCAACAGCUACGGGGUCCCCGAGCCCGCCCACGCCUACGCACAGCCGCAGACCACAGCGCCCCCGCAGGCCGCCGGCGCCCCCGGGGCCGCGGUCAGCCCCCUGCCGUCCACACAGAACGGACCUGUCUUUGCAAAAGCAAUUCAGAAACGCGUGCCCUGUGCUUACGACAAGACCGCCCUGGCCUUAGAGGUGGGUGACAUCGUGAAGGUCACGAGGAUGAACAUCAAUGGCCAGUGGGAGGGCGAGGUGAACGGGCGCAAAGGGCUCUUCCCCUUCACGCACGUCAAGAUCAUCGACCCCCAGAACCCGGACGAGAGCGAGUGACCGCCGCCGCCCCGCACCUGCUGCUCGUCCUGCCCCUCUGUCUCCUCCCGCUGGGGCAGCCCCCCUGGGCAGGCCCUGCGCUGCCCGCCUCGGCUUUGCAGCGGCGGCCCCGCCCGGGCGUGCUCAGGGCUGCCCGCAGUGUAUCAUAGUUGUGUUGGUGCAGAGUAGCUGAUCGUAGAGUCGUUGGGUCAUAAACUGGAAACACCGGUGGAGGCACACGGGGGCGAGAAGGUGCCCCCGGCCUGGACGCGCGGCGGCGGGGCUGUGCCCAGGGGCGAGCGGAGCGCGGACUCUUCGGGAGAGGGACACUGCCCUACACUCUCCACAUCUGGCUUUUGGUUUUUCUUUCUUUUCCGCCUCUGUUUGGUUUGGUUUUGGAAGGCUUUGUUAAUUAGACCUGUUUGUUCUGAAGAGGUGUUUAAGUAGCAGGUUGGGUUCUGUGAUAUCAGGGAUGAGCCGCUGGCCCCGCGUUUCCCCGCUGUGCGCACAACCUUCCGGACGACAUCAUCAAAGGCAUCAGAGCCGGGGGCUCACCCUGUCUGCCGGCAGAGGAGUGGCCUUUCCGUGAAGGCACCCCUGGAAACUAUGGCCCGGGUUUUCUCAGCAGUUGGAUUCACUCCGGAGCCUGUCGCCCACUCACCGAGCCCGGCUCUGCCUGGCCUCACGCUCGCCCGGCUGCCUGAGGGCGCGGGUGCUGAUGCUGGCUGCCCCCAGCAUGACCGUGUCGGGCCAUGGGCCCAGGAGGUGAGCCAGCGCCCACCCUGUGGUCGGUGUCCCCGUCGGAUACUCGAGGUCUGUUCACAUGAUCCAUUCACACAAUCCCACAGCGCACGGCCGGCCGGGUAGACCCCCGCCCAGGCCCUGUGGCCCGCGGGCCCCGGUGAAGACAGGCCUCUGCUAGAACCAGCCCCGCCUGGGGUCGCAGCCUGAACAGUCCUGUCCCCCGAGUCUGCUGGGGCCGGGGCGCGACCCCGGGGUCGGGUCACGAGGGUGGGGGCAGUCUCUCCGGGGUCAGAACCAGCCGGGCCCUGCUCUCGGGCUCGCGCUCAGCUCUGCGGUCGGGGCUGGCCAGCGCCUCCAGUCUCCCUGUGUCUGUGGCUUCCUGAGAGGCUGUGCUGGGCGCAUCUUCAUCCUGGGUGCCGUGACUGCUCCGCCCCAGGCUGCCCAUCGCCGCCGCCUCACCCGUGGCCGGUGGGGUGGCCGUGCCAGGACCCCUGCCCUCUUCCUGGGGCUGACAGGCGCUGCGUCCUCACCCGGUGCCCGUCUCCGCGGCUGCCCUGGGAUUUGGAGCCCGAGCGGACUGAGCUGCACGCUCUGGACGUGGGCCAAGGCAGGGCCUCUGUGACUCCGACCCUGUUAGCGGCUUUUAAUCGGGGAAACACUAAGCACACGGGGGACGGCCGCCCGCCACGCCCUGGGCCGCGCCUUGGGGCCCUGAGAAGACUGCACAGGAGGAGACCAGAGUCCUCAGAGGCGCCGCCCCCGGAGCCUGCCCUGCGUGUGUCCCUCCGGACUGUGGGUGUCUCAGCAGCUCACCUGGACGUGGCCCUGGGCUCACCCUGGGGCGGGCUCUCCCAUGACCCCUGACUGCACCUGGAGACACAGCCCAGGAGGGGCCCCCGCGGCCAGGCCGUGUGCUCAGAGGGCGUGAACAUCUCACUUGGAAAAGGGAUGCUGCCGAGCCAGGGGGUUAUAAUUUAAUCCUUUAAUGUCGUGUUCAUUAAUCUCUUAAAACGAGUCCUGAGUGCUCUCACAUGGAGCUCGAGACACCCCAGGUUCCCCCACGGCCUCCGGGGCUGGGUGCGCCCGCGGCGGAGGGUCCCCGAGCCAGGCCAGGGCUCUGCAGGAGGAGCAGCGGCCUUGCCUCUCGACGGCUGUCACUGUGUGUUUUACAGUAACAGCCACACAACACAGACUCUUUGACCUGUAACUUAAAGAUCGUAAACUUCAGGCAAUAAUACUUUCUGUGUAAGCUUUUAAAAUUAUUUUUGGGGAUCAUAGCUUGUUUUAUUUUGUGCUAUAAAAUUAACAGUAUUAAAUGACUUAUAUUCUUAGAAUACAUGGAGUGUCUUUUCUUAACAGGUCAGCGCCUUUUUAUUUCUGUAUCCGUUUGCGUUGCUGGCCAGCCUCAGACCCUUGUUCCCAUGGCCUGUCUGUACCUUGUCUCAAUAAACGUGCACCGCCCCCGGUG